ACAGAAGGGCAGGGCUCUGAUUGGCUGUGCUUUUUCACUGGCGAUGAACGAACGUGAUGCAGCCUGCAGAGGCACUGCAGCGAAAGACUGCAGAGAGAGGAGGGAGAGAGAGAGAGAGAGAGAGAGAGAGAGGUGCACAUCAGAUGGAGAGGAAGAAAGACAGAGCAAGAGAAAGGAACAGUGUGUCUAUUACGGAGAGAGAGACUGCUACGCGCUUACACCUCACAGACCAGGAAAGGGGAGCGAAGGGAACGCGCUUCUGUCUCUCUGUGUGUAUGCGUGUGUGAGCGCGCACGUGUGCGUGGUCGCUGGGUAGAGGAGCAUCAGCAGAAGAAGCAACGGUCAGGGUGGAAAGGAGCUGAUCGCAGAAGCACCAGCGCUGACGGAGUCAGGAGGACAGAAGGGAAGAGAGACGCACAUGACGAAGAGAGAGAGAGAGGGAAGAGAGGAAGGAGAAGCGGCAGUGGCAGAGGAAAUUAACUGAAGAGGUCUCGUGCAGAGAAAAGAGGAGAGAAGAGAAGAGAAGCAGCUUGGACGCAGGUCACCACACACACCUUAUUACACAACACCCCCGUGAACCCAGCGCGCGAGGAGCGAUGGGGAGAGAGCCGCACGGUGACCGACGGGAAAAGAAAGAUCCCGCGUGACGAAAAAGGGGAGAGGUGGCACAGCAACACGAGCAGAGGAAAAGAGAGAAGAGGAGAGAAAGGAAGGAAGAGAGCACAGAGAGAGACGGUGAAAUAGAAAGAGAAAACACAGCGCCGGUCGACUCCGCCGUGACGCACUCGUCUCUCCUCCAUCUUCCUCUCGCCAUCCAUCCAUCAUCCUCUACCUUUCUACCUACCGACCCCUCGACCUCUUCAGAGGCAGUGAGCAGCCUCUCCCCUCCUUGUUCCUCGUCUAUCCCUCUCUCUGCCUUGUGUGCAAGAGUAAGAGCUCCCCUCCCUCGCCUCGUUUCCUGCAGAAGAUGGAGGAGUGUUUGGCUUGCCAAGUCAACACCUUCUAACUCAUCACAAGAUGUUGCCAACGGUGUGAAAUAAAUAGGACUUCAUAUCUACGCAAGCACCACCCCACCUCCCUUUUCCAAGGAUAAAAACACAGACCAGCCACCUUAGGGGUACCAGGAGGAGUAGGACCUGAAGCUGAUUAAGAACAGGGCAAGAGGAAGGACGCAAUAACAAGAUUACAGGUGAAGUAACAAACAAUACUACCUAAAAGCGAGUAACCGUCUUUUACUGAGAGGAGGACGGUGAUGUUGAAGAUGAGACAAGGCUCCUGAGGGGACUGUUAUCACAUCACACAGGGUGUGUCACAUCUGGACAGGCUACACACACACUUACUCCAACUCUCCCUCUCGAGCUCUCUCACGAGGGGGGCUGCUCCGAGAACCUUUCCAAGAGCUUUCCAUCACCUAGCGAGUCACCUCUAAAAAAAGACCCUUCUUAUCAAGAGGGAGAGGUCAGGAGGUUAAGAGGUUUGGCUAUCUUCACCAGGACCCCUGAAGAGACACAGGCCUCUCAGGAGCAUCUGCACCAGCUUCUGUUUUAAGGUCUGACCCAACAUUGUGGUUUCACUUCAGAAGAGGAAGGAAGCUCUGUGUUACACUGACUACAUUUAUCGCUUUGCGUCAGAGCCUCUGGUUAGAAUUGUACGCCUUAAACCUUUCGCUGUGUUCUGAUGAAGUUUCCUUCCUCCUUAGAGCCAUGAUCUGUGUCUGUAUAAGUACACGUACAUAAUCAGCUGAACAUUUUUGUGACAGUACUGGAAACAUAUACUUUCGUUAUUGUUGAAGCAUUUGGUGCUGUAUUGUGUUAAGCAAUCUAUUGUCGAGAGGAAUAUCAUAGAUUCAUCUUGUACUGUUCACAAAAGCGUCCUUGACAUAGAUCUAAUCAAUUAAGAACUCAUAGCAACAGAAAGCAACAGGAUAACAGUAAAAUCGACAGCCACCAUCAGGCUGCGGGACUAAGAACAAGCCUGAACUGGACUGAACCAUCUGGACCAAGUCUGGACUGAACCAUCUGAACUUAGUAACACAGGGGUUUACUAUCGAAGGGUCUUUGGGGCGCUGGCGUUCCCCCUUCACCCUUCCACUCCGCCCAAUAAACAAAACAUCACAGCUGGGAGUCAGAGGGCAGUGACGGGGGGUAACCAUGGAAACGGCCGUCCGUCCCCACGUCCCCUCUAAUGGCUGAGCUCGCCUCAACCACACCCCCACCCUUACCCUGCAACUGAAGCACCAACCACUGGGAAAGGAACCACAGCAGCUGAACUUAAAGUCAACCCCACUGGAGUGUGAUUGGCCAGAGUGACAGACAGACUUGCUCUCCAGCCCGCCUCUCCCCUCUCCUAGUGACCCAUCACUUUGGAGACGGAUGUCUUGCCUGAGGCGCCAGCCCGUCGCCAUCCCCAUGGAUACCGUCAAGAUCAUCCAGUCGGAGAAGUUCCCGCGUGAGUGCCCUGUACCGGUGACGCAGCCCCGCUUUGCGCCGCCCCCCCGCGUGGCGUGGGAUGGAGGCGGCCGUGGCGGUAGCUGCGGCGGUCACGAGGGUGAGGUCAUUGUUAACCAGGCCUGCAGUGACCUCGCUCUGGAACUCACCAAACCGCCACCGCCACCACCCCUGAGCCAGGCCCCGCCUCUGCGGCCCCUGAUGUCCCCGCCCCAUGCGCUGAUGCGGCGGGAGCUGAGUAGCGGCGGUGGACCCGGUGGCUUCCUGUCGCAGCGCAAGAGCAGCAUGGCGGGCAGCGUGGGCCCUACGGACAUCUGCUACCACCAGUUCCGCUACAAGAUGGAUGAUGUGAUCGUCAACCAGUACGUGCUGCGCUCAGGCUCUUGCUCCUCGGGCUCGUCGUCAACGUCGUCCUCGGGCUCGUCGGUGUGCUCGGGCCCCGUCAUGCCGUGCGAGCCGCUCGACUGCCCUACGUGCGGCCACACGUACAACUUUGCCGGCAAGCGGCCACGCAUCCUCUCCUGCCUGCACUCAGUGUGCGAGGAGUGCCUGCAGAUCCUCUAUGAGUCCUGCCCCAAGUACAAGUUCAUUUCCUGCCCCACGUGCCGCCGCGAGACCGUACUCUUCACCGACUACGGCCUGGCCGCGCUGGCCAUCAACACCAGCAUCCUGAGCCGCCUGCCGCCGGACCAGGCCGGCGCCGUGCAGUGGGGCGGCGAUGCCGACCGCAGCUGCUACCAAACGGUGCGGCAGUAUUGCCAGUCGGCGUGCACCUGCCACCUCACCAACCCUCUCUCCACCUGCGGGAUCAUGUAGGCCAGGGUGCCAGAUGAAUAAGUGCAAAGGAGAGAGAUGGAUGGAGGGAUGAAUGAAGUGAUGGAGCGAGUGGGUCGAAUUUUGGGAUUUGGGGAUGUAAGGGUUGAAAGGGUGAUGAGACUUGACUGUCUUUACCAGGACGAUAUCCACUCCCUUGCCCCCCUUGCCCCCUCCCCCAAACUCCUCCAUAUAGACUCUAUAUCUACCAAAACAAAUGCUCCUUCUCUCUCUCUCUCUCUCACACACACACACACACACACACACACACAUAUGCAUACACACGCACAAACUCUCACUGUCCUUGCCAAUAUACACCAUGAAAAACUGAAGUCAUUCUACACAGAUGUAUCUAUAUAUGUAAUAGCACAUGAGGUGACUGUUAGCAGAAGGAGCGCUAUCCAGCUGGACACUUGUCAGAGAAACAGGGAGGGAAACAGAGUAAAAACAGAAUAUCAGAUAAAUGUAUUUUAUGUAUGAACUCAAAAAAGAAAACAAAGAAAACCCGUUCCUGUUCUUUCAGUCCCCCUUGUUUGGAUGUGUUUGUCAUCUUUCAACAUGGGAAUGCCAAAGGGGGUCUCUACCCCCACCCCCUCCUACCCAUCCCGAACCCUAGUUCAAAACUAAAUAAAGCAUAAAAGAACAGAAAACAAAAAAAA